GAACGUGCGAACGACAUCAAAAUGGUGCCACAUUAUCUCCUCGUGCUGACCUUGGCAGUGGCCGUAAGCGCCCGAACUGCGUCCACCAACCAGAACAAACUAGAGGCGAGGAGUUCAGAGGACACCGUCGUAGGAGAUCUCAAAAUCGCAUACGAAACAUACAGGGACUGCAGCGGCAGUGACAUCGCCAACUGCCUGAAGUUCAAACUAGCCAAAGCGUUGAACAGGAUAUCGAAGAGCGAGGAAAUCUCAAUCCUGAGCGGUGUGACGAUAACCAAAAACAAGGAUGCAGUCCCCAAUGUGGAGGUUGAAGAAGCGAUUCCGAGAGGUCUUGACGAGAGCUCAUUGGACAACCUUAUCUUGGACAAAAUCGUUGGAUUCAUGCAAUCUCAUACCAUCCAGGUCAAAUUCCCAACCGGUUCAGAUCUUCAGCGCGCGUUCGCGGAAGACCGCGGUAGGAGGAAGAAGCUCGCCCCCCUCCUCGCCAUCCCCCUUUUGAUCGGGGGUAUGAUGGUCCCCCUGGCUUUCGGAGCCCUGGCUCUGUUAGCUGGAAAGGCGCUCAUCGUGUCCAAGCUGGCCCUCGUCCUGGCUGGUAUCAUCGGUCUGAAGAAACUCCUGUCUUCAAACGGAACUGGUGAAGCCCACGAGGUGGUGGUCUCAGCUGGACACGGAGGUGCUGGGUGGAGCAGGUCCUUGGACGCCCACGACCUAGCAUACAACGCUUACACCCAAUAGAGGAAUCGACCCACCAAGAUAAUAAAUAAUUUAACGACAUGUUAGAGUUUCUAAUUUAUUAACACAAUAUGUAGGUAAUUUAUAGUACACAGACCCGCCAACGUGAAAAGUUCUUGUUUUACAAUCGUUACAUAAAAAAGAACUCAAUGAACAGACUGAUAGAAUAAUUAUUAAGGUCUCACCUUGUUACAAUUAUAAUAAGAGAGCAAGAGAGACAUUUUUAUUCUCGAUGGUAAAAAGGGACUUUGUUAUUGUAUCAUUUAAAAUUGUACCGAUUACAAAUGGUACGAUAAAAUGUUUCAAGUGUUUAAUUAUUAAAAAAAAGAACAUCUAGUGAAAACCAUAGUAUGGUAAGUACAAUAGGACGUUAUUUGGAAAAUACUAUUUAUAUAUUUAUGAAAAUAUAGUUUUAAAAUGUAUGACACGGCAAGCAACGGACAAUGAUUUUGCAAAUGGAGGAAACGGGAUUUUUUUUUCUAUUUUAGAGGUACCUCAAUACUCCAAUACUUUUCAUUAUAUUCGGUAGAAACAUAUACAUUUUUUUUUGUAGACAUAUAAUAAUAUGUAAAUAUUUAUGUAAAUAAUAUUUAUUUAAAUCGCGAGUCUUUGGAAUUUGCUUUAAAAUUAAUUAGUGUUCUUUAAAAUGUUGCUAGAU